AUGUCAAACACACCCAACAGUGAUACUACUGAUCCCAAUGGCAUGAACACGGUGCCUAUGGAACUGAUGAUGCCACCUGAUGUUCUGAAUCCCAUGCCCUUCGGUACGGAUUCUACAAAUCAGCCGAAGUAUCGUGUACGUUUUCCUAUCUCUCUAGAUUGCAAUGUCUUCGAAAUAAACCAUAAGAAACUGGUAAGCCAGUACAGCUUUCCCGCGCUCGUCAGGACGACCUUUGUCUACACUGUGGCAAAAGUACAAGAGCCGAACACUGAAAAAACACGAAAGAGAAACAAGAAGAGUCCUAGCCAGGACGUAUUUGAGAAAGAGAAUUUAGAGGAAGUGUUUGGGGAUUUAGUGGAAGUGCUUGGAACUAAAAAACCACGCCAGGGAAAGAAGGGUGGCGAACAGGACAUUUCUGGGAAAAAUAAAAUGGAAGAAAAGUUCGAAACUGAAAAAGGAAGCAAAGGAAAGAAGAAGAGCCUUAGCCAGGAUGUAUCUGAGAAAGAGAAUUUGAAGAAAAAGUUUGAAACUAAAAAACCACGCCAGGGAAAGAAGAAUGGCAAGCAGGACAUUCCUGAGAAAAAUAAAAUGGAAGAAAAGUUCAAAACUGAAAAGACACGUAAAGGAAACAAGAAGAGAUUCAACCAGGAUAAGAGUUCUGAAAAAAAGAAAGUAGAAGGAAAGGUUGAAACUGAUGGUCAUAAACGUUCGAAAGCUGGACCAUCGAAGACUAAGAAGGGACAGGUAUUUCAUCUUUUAUUUUGA